CAACUUGUCACGUAGCAGAGGAAGCAUCCUCUAUGCAUCCUCUAUGCUUCCUCCCUUCCCUCGUAGCCGUCGACCACUUCUGUCAACCAACUUGGGUCAUCUCGUUUAUUCAGUUUGGUAAAUAUCUGUCUCAGACAUCCGACAAAAGAAAUUCUCCUACAAUAGCGCGUGGUUGAAUGUUCACAGUCGGAGACUCGAAACUCUUUGACACUUUUGACCACAUGGCCUAGCCUUCAUUUCCCACUCCAGUUCGUUUCCCCAAACUUUUCUUCCUCUGUCCCUUCUACUCUUCGUUUUUCUUCUCUGCGUCCGUAACGCGAUCCUAAUUUUUUUUUUCCCUAAAAACAUGUUCUUUUCUUGAUAUUUUUUUGUCCUCUUUUUUGAAGUCAUUGAUUUAAUUUAUGGGCAUCUUUCUCUAAUUUUUUCAUUUAUUUUAUAAAAUUUUUGCUCUUCAAGUUCAAGAUCGUUGGCUUGGAUUUUGGGACUGUUUGCUCCACUUGUAGGAUUGAAGUGAGAGAAAACCGUCCGGUUUUUGUAAUCUCGGCUGAAGUUCAGGUACCCAACAGUCUUCAAACAGAUUGCUAGCAAGAUUUACUCGAAAAUUUGACGUUUUGAUCGUUGAGUUUCAAAAGGAAUUAGAACUUGUUUUCAUUUGUAAUCUAGCUUGUGUCGCUAAGUGAAGCAUAAGAUUUCGAGUUGUCAAAAUCUUAUCCAAAGUUUGUGCAUUUAGCUGUUUUUUCUUGUUCCUCAAACUCUCAAUCGGCCUGCUGAUUUGGCUGAAUUUUGUUAAAUUCAGUUAAAAGUGAAUUCUCUUUAGAUAGUUCGAUACUGCGAUCCUGUUAUCUGGAUUACUGUGCAGUAAUUGAUGGGAGGAAAAUGUUGCAAGAAGACUGAUGUCAAGGGCGCAUCAUCCCAAACCCUCGAAAUGAAAAGGAAUACCCAAUUCACGCCCGAUCUGAGGUCCUAUGAGGCGGCGUGCAUGCUCGAUCCGGACUUACAGUCCUUUGAUGCCACCCUCCAAGAACGCACCAGCUGGGUCAUCAGCUCGCUCGCCACCGAGGUUGAGGUUCGGUCCUUAUCUUUUGGCUCACUCAAAGAGGUCACCAAUAGUCUUCUUGAAAUGAAUCAGGAGGUGGUGAAAGUCAUUCUAGAGUGUAAGAAGGAUAUAUGGAACAAUGAAGAUUUGUUCUCAUUGGUGGAGGAAUACUUUGAGAAUAGUCUCAAGACAUUGGACUUCUGUACUGCCCUUGAGAACUGCUUGAAGCGCACACGGGAUAACCAGUUUACAAUUCAAGUUGCGGUUAAGCAUUUCGAGGAUGAAGUUGAAAAUGGGGUUGAUGGGGUGAAGUAUGUGAAGACAUUGCAAGAAUUAAGGAAAUUUAAGGCUUCUGGGGACCCAUUUACAGAGGAGUUUUUUGCAUUGUUUCAAUCAGUUUAUCAAAAUCAUAUAUCGAUGUUCCAAAAGUUGCAGCGGAGGAAGACAAAGCUAGAUAAGAAAUUGAAAUCUAUGAAGUCGUGGAGGAAAGUGUCCAAUGUCAUUUUUGUUGCUGCUUUUGUGUCUGUGUUGAUAUUCUCGGUGGUGGCAGCUGCCAUUGUAGCUCCGCCACUGGUGACAGCUUUGGCGGCUGCAUUGGCUGCUCCUAUAGGUUCUGUGGGAAAAUGGUUGAACUCACUUUGGACGCGAUAUGAAAACUCAGUGAAAGCACAAAGGGAGUUAAUCAACUCAAUGCAGAUCGGCACCUGCGUUACAAUGAAGGAUUUGGAUACCAUUCGGGUACUUGUCAACAAACUGGAAAUAGAGAUUGAGUCACUAUUGCAGAAUGCUGAUUUUGCACUUAGGGAAGAGGACGCAGUUAGUCUUGCAAUGGAUGAGAUAAAGAAGAAGCUGGAAGUGUUUAUGAAUACCAUUGAGAAUUUAAGCGAGCAUGCUGAUAUGUGUAGCCGGGAUAUAAGGAGGGCAAGGACGGUGAUUUUGCAGAGGAUAAUAAGACAUCCAAACAGCUGAAAUCCCUUCUGAAAUUGAGGAAUAUUAUUAUAUUCUGUGAGAACCAUUGGACUCCCAGUGCCAGAUGCAGAUUUGGCAAUUUGAAAUUCUAUGCUCUUUUCUGGUUGGUCUCCAGAACCAGGAUCCUAGCUUUGUACAUCUGUGACUACCCCAAAUGUCAACUUCCAACUUUUGAUGAAUUGCACCCACGACUUCUUAUCCAAGAAAUCUGUCUUCAACAGCUUCAUCCUUGGGCAACUUAAGCUAAUUCCACUUCCUUUCUCACCACAACUGAGCGGUUGAAACUCAAACUAUAUAUAGUGGUUUAAACUAUUGUGGUUUGCGGUGAUGUUACAUAGUUACAGGUUACAUUGGUAUGGAAUUUCAACCUUCUUAGCAUUCUUUGAGUUUCAGCCUCUUGAUAGAAGUCAGAACUGAUUUAUGGUUCCAAGCAGCAUUUGCUGUGAGAAGUCCCAAAUACUUUGUAAGGAUAUUGGCACACGUCUGUUUUGGUGCUGUGUUAAGUUUGUGUUGGACAUGAUAUUGAAACUUAAUGCACAUUAAUGCAUUCCAGUAC